GCGCCUUCCAUUUCGCCGCGUCCUCUAUUGAUCUCAGUCGGCCAUGGUCACCUCAAUUGUCUCCGCUGUUUCCGUACUCGGGUUGCUAGUGCUCCGGCUGUCUGCUCUGCCCUUCGAAGAAGACGGCCAAAGGGACACCAAGGCCUUGUACGAUGAAGUCAGGCAGUUGCUGCAACUCAACCAAGGGUAUUUGCAGGAUGCGCCUCAAUCAGAGGAACAAACGACCGUAGCUGACAUAUCAGAAAAACCUGAUGUACCAAAAGUUGUACAAAACUGGCCAGAGGAACCCUUAAAGUUGGGGCAGGUCUCAGGAGUAUCAGUUAAUUCUGCUCUUCAACCUGUUAUAUUCCACCGAGUAGAUCGAGUGUGGGAUGAAACUACAUUCAAUGAAACGCACCACUACCAACAAACGCAUCUGGGACCAAUACGAGAACAUACAGUUCUUACUCUAGAUCCACAAACAGGAAAAGUGCUUGGAAGAUGGGGAGCUGAUUUCUUCUACAUGCCACACGGCUUAACUAUUGACAGGCAUGACAACAUUUGGGUAACCGACGUCGCUCUGCAUCAAGUUUUUAAGUUUAAACCUGGAGAGCUUCAGCCGUCUCAGACUUUUGGCCAAAGAUUAGAACCAGGAGCAGAUAAAAGGCAUUUCUGUAAACCUACAUCAACCGCUAUUGCCUCUACAGGAGAGAUCUUCAUUGCUGACGGAUACUGUAACUCAAGAAUACUCAAAUAUAAUGCUGCUGGUGUUUUACUUCGAAUAUUUCCUACUGCACCAGAAAUUCUAUCCCUUCAAGUGCCUCACGGACUGGCCCUCAUAGAAUCAUUGGACAGGAUUUGUGUUGCUGACAGAGAAAAUAUGCGGGUUGUAUGUCCUAGAGCAGGAUUAUACACCUUGCAAGGAAAGAAGGAACCGCCUCUAACGAUCACUUUACCCGAUAUGGGACGAGUCUUUGGAGUUUCUGCCAAAGGCAAGCUCGUUUACGCAGUGAAUGGCCCCACGUCCACUCUUCCCGUCCAGGGUAUGACCAUCGACCCACAGACAGAGUCGGUCAUCGAUCAUUGGGCGCCUGAGGAGAAACUUGGACAGAAAUUUGGAAACCCCCAUGACAUCGCAGUGUGUCCAAACGGUUCUGCAUUGUACGUCGUCGAAAUAUAUCCAAACAGGGUGUGGAAGUUCGAUCUAGUCCAACCUAAGAAAUAGCGAGGCCUACGUAGUGGAAAAAAAUCGCAACAAUAAUAUCUUACCUAGUAUCACUUAACAAUGCUUCCGUCUUUUAUUCGCAAAACUGUAGUUUAGAAAUUUGUUCAAAAGUUUAGUGAAAAGUUACUGAAGAAGUCAAAAAAGUUACUCAUUUGUUAGUUGUUUUCUUAUUGAGUCUCAUUAGUUUUGUUAUUUCCCUAUCAUAGAACCCCUGCAAUGGCUUCUUUUGAAAACAUUCAUCUUCAUCAUAAACCAUAUCAUAUUCAUAAGUUAAAAAGUAGAUACAAAUUGACAGAAAUAUCUGAAACUGCCAAGGUCAGACGAUCCAAAACUUUGGUUAUGCAACGUUGUCAGAUCAAUCGAGUUUUUAAGGUUUUUCGGUUUUUUAUUUUUUAUCUGUUCCACAGUAAACUGUCCUUCUGCUUACUUUUGCGUAAAUUUAAAGACAUUGUGUAUCAUUUCAUGGUAUCCUAUUUUUCACCUCACUUAAUAUUCACGUUUAUUAAAAAAUAUUAAAAUGUAUUCUAAAUAAACAACUAUAUUCGACUAUUUUAUCUGCCUAUGUCGCAAAACCACAGACUGCGUGCACAACGCAUUUUAAAUGUAUUUUUACUGCUUGCACCAACGUGCUCAACUGAAGUCCUGUCUUCUUUAUUUGCUACCUAAGUGAUCUUCGCGGUUUCAGAUAAUGCUGUCCAAUUGUACUUUUCCACUGAACUUCCCCUCUUAAAUUGUUCAUCAUUAGUAAAAAAUAUAUAAAACAUUAGUUUUAAUUUUAUAUCUUUAACUUACAACUUACAUAUUAUAUAUUGGCUUCUUCUUUAGCUACUUGUUACCCAAAGUUACAUAUUGAGAUUAAAACAUAGUUAACGGAAUACUUCACGACAUUAUUCUAAAGAAUGUCUUUUAUAGAUUUUUAAGAGGUCUUUACAUUUUGUAAGAAGUUUAGCAAAAAGUAAUAAGGUGAUUUAGACCAAAAACCUGUAUACUUGUUGAAGUAUGUAUAGUAUUUAUGUAGACAACAGUAGACAAUAAAAAUAUACAGACAAUUAUUAUGGA